CUUGAUAUCUGUAAAGAACCAUAUACAUGCUGAGAAUUUAGAGUGAUCAUCUCCAAAUACCAAUAGAUACUUUCUUGCGUACCAAAAACACAAAUUCUUGAAGCAAAACCAGGGUUCUUGAAAUCUAGAAACAUGGCUUAUAAGUUAAGGGCUAGAAAACAAAAGAGACCGUACGUCAGCUGUGAUGAUGAUGAUGAUGAUGGACAUGAAAGUGAUUCUAGCGGGAGAAUGGAUCCUGAUUUUACCAGGAAAGUUAGACCGCGAAGAAGUAACACUAUGAUUACUGAAAGUGCGGAGCAGAGAAGGGCGGGUCGCCCUCCUAAGAGGACGAGGAAAUCAACUCCUUCAGUAGGAGAAGCAAGUACUUCCGGCAGCAAACCUGCAGAAUAUUUAGCGAGAACUAUAAUGUCAUGGUUGAUAGACCAUGGCAAGAUCAUCGAGAACGAGAAAAUUUAUUAUGUUGCUGAUAAGGAGGGGGAUUCGGAUGAUCGCAAACAAAGCAAAAAGGAGGUGCUGAUGAAGGGAAGAGCAAGAAGAGAGGGUGUACGGUGUGAGUGCUGCAAUGAAGUUAUGACAGUGUGGGAUUUUGAGACCCAUGCCGGGAGUGUUUUACAAAGGCCAUAUGAACAUAUCCAUGUUGCUCGAAGCAACAGCUCUCUCUUGCAGUGUCAGUUUGAAGUUUGGCAGAGCAAUGUAGAGGUCGAGCGGCGCACCUUUAAUGAGAUUGUUCCCCGUAAUGGCGCCUCCGAUAAACAUGAUGAUGCUUGCCUGAUUUGUGCAGAUGGAGGGGACCUGAUCUGUUGCGAAAAGUGUUGGUCCACUUCCCAUCUCAAAUGUAUGGGAUUGGAAAGGAUUCCCCAAGGAGAAUGGAUUUGUCCCUACUGUGUGUGCAAGCACUGUAAUGAAAACGACAAAGACCUGCAAACUUGCGUUCAAUGUGAUAAAAAAUAUCAUUGCCAGUGUUUAGUUAGCAGUAAGGAGUUGGAUCUUAAUGCCAGUGGCGAAACCUUAGCAUGUGAUUCUCACUGCGGAGAGGUUUAUGAGAAGCUUCAGAGCCUCGUAGGUGUGAAGCAUGAGUUAGAAGGAGGGUUCUGUUGGACUCUCCUCCAACGGAUGGAGCCAGACAACUUGGACUUCAAGGAUCUUCAUUUAAUCACCGAAUGCAAUUCAAAAAUUGCAUUGGCCUGGGAGGUGCUGGACGAAUGUUUCACGACAAUCAUUGAUCGGCAUACGCAGAUCAAUGUAGUUCAGAGUGUGGCUUAUAGUCGAGGAUCGAACCUCAACAGGAUAAAUUUUCGAGGCUUUUAUACUGCGAUCCUGGAGAAGAACGAUGACAUCAUUUCAGCUGCAACUAUAAGGGUGCACGGGACCGAUUUGGCUGAGAUGCCUUUCAUUGGAACUCGGGACUUGUAUAGGCAAAACGGGAUGUCAAGAAUGUUACUGGUUACUCUUGAAUCUAUUUUUUCAGUUAUGGGAGUUGAGCAUCUAAUCAUCCCAUCAGUCCAGGAGCUCACUGAGAUGUGGGAGGGGAAAUGCGGGUUUUCCCCCAUUGAGGAUGCUGUUAGCCAAAAGAUCACCAACUGGAACACCCUCACGUUUCCAAGUGCAGUCAGGCUGCAAAAGGCCCUUCUCAGCACCCCAGCUAGUAGUUCUUCUGCAGUCAUGAAUGUGGACGAGGGCGUGGAAGUAGAUGAGGGUGUGGAUAUGGUCAGUGAUAACUGUGCAAAACUUGCUGGUCUAGAUUUAAACCAUGAAUAUACUGAAUCUGGAGAUGACGAGGCAGAAGACAAGUGACAUAUAUUGUGCAGUUUAAUCAACACCAGGGACCUGAUUUUUUGGCCAUUUAAAGGAUGGUUUCAGGCCAGAUCCUUCUGUUCUAGAAUGCUAUUAGAUUUCAGGUUUUUGUGCUGUGCAAUGUCUCUUGCGUUGUUGUCUUAGUCUUGCUGGAUUUAGGAUUAGUUCAUCUGCUGGAUGUUAACUUGCAAGCUUGGAGACACCCCUGCUGGUGCUGAUGAACUACAUUUUGAUCAUCUGCUACUAGAAACUUCAAUUUCGAGUUGU